AUGGAUCAAAAGAUCUUAUUGUAUAUGUUAUUUGUAGUUCUUCUUCCACUAUUAAAAUGCGCUGUCCCAGGAACAUUCUUCUGGAGACCAAGAUUGGGACUCGAUCUUUCUAUACCAACUACAGAAAUAUCUAUGAAAGUCCAUUUACCCUCAAAAGAAAAUAUUCAACAGGGUUUGGUAGUGAUGAUAGAAGGAUAUCAGGUAGGCAUGACCGUUGUAUCACUCGCGGCUGGUUUAUCGAGUAGUAUGGGGUACCCUCCUCUCAACCCACUCUCCGCCUACUUCUACACCAACGCCUACCGCUGGGCCCUCAGACAUCUCAGCCUUCUACCUUCGUGGAUCGGUGGUGGUAGUGGAAGCUAUUGCGACACACAUAAGGUUUGGCGACGACGUUUCUUUUAUAUGGAUGAGUUCGUUCCUUUGUGGAUGAGACGCCUUUUCCCUUUCGUUAGUGAAAAAGAAUGGAAGAAGGAAGAAUUGGAGUUCAAACGGUUUAAAAAAUAUUCUGAGCCCGCUUUUGGUAAACAUUAUCGUUAUCCAAAUAAGGUUUUCAAUAACUUUAAAUCACACGAGACUAAAGAGUCUACAGAUGUUAUUGAUCCAUCUAGUUCAAGUGAGCCAUUA